AUGAAAUGGGUUAAAGGUGCACAAGAAGGCAUUGUCGUCGCUGGAGGUCAAGGUCAAGGGAAUUCGAUGACACAAUUGUCGUAUCCGAACGGACUCUUCGUUGAUAUGCUCGGUACACUCUAUGUGGCAGACUCGAACAAUCAUCGUGUCAUGCGUUGGGCUCAAGGAGCCAAACAAGGCACUGUAAUUGUGGGUGGAAAUGACUGGAGAGCGGGUGCAAAUCAGUUCCUCUACCUUCGCGGUUUGGCUUUCGAUCAAUAUGGUAAUCUCUACGUCGUCGAUAAUGCGAAUAAUCGUGUCCAAAGAUUUUCGCUCGAAUAG